UGAGAGGCACAGUCAGUGCUAAUCGUUUAUAUUGAUUAUAAAUUAUACAUAGUAAGCAGAUUUGCACGUUUAUAAACACGAAGAACUACUAUACUCAAAAAUAAAGGUUUUGAUUUUACUAGUAUCACUGUGUGCGUUGUUUUACUCAGCCAAUAGCUUGAGUCGUUGAUCAAACCGAGAAGUGACAUCACUUGCUAAAAAGAAUUAGCUGCACGGGAAGAUGCAGUGUGUAUCAAAUUGAGCAGUAUUGUUAAAUUAAAGUGCGGCUUAAGUAUUAUAAAACUCUGUAGAAUAUGGUUUGGAGGAUUCCAUGGAUUUUCUUGCGGCUGUGGAGCGGUUUGUUCUUCUUUACUGUUCAUGUGAAUUUGUCUUCCGACUACCGGCCACUGGUGAGAUCACGAGAUGGGCAAUCAACAAAUCAGUCUACUGGCGCUAUUCCGUUGGACUUUGUCUUCCCCAAUGAAGUGUUUAACAGAAUGGUCGGUGUAGAGUGUCGACCGGAUUUUCCCAUUUGUACAAAUAUGGCAGACUAUCCACAGCAGCUGGUUGACGAGAUAGUUUCCCGCCAUGAGCAUCGAUACGCCGAAUUUUUCGGAAACGACGUAGUGAUUGACAGUGAAGAAGAGAUACAGCAGCGGUUCGAUACAUCCGACGAUGAGUUUCUUUGUGAUAGCGAAGAAAAGCUGGUUCAUCCCAAGAGUGGCUAUAAUACGGGCGAAAAGUUGGUAAUGAUCGUCAAUACCCCUAAUUAUGCACAAGGAGUCCGCAUAGAAUUGUGUCGCAAUCCAGAAGAAUCAUGCUUUAAGCUAGAAUAUCUCACUUCGUUGUUCAGGACAAGUUGUAAGCAACUAUACAGCUAUCGUACGCUGCUGGCCAUUAAUCCGACGACUAAGCAUCCCUACAAAGAAUCCUUCAGGCUUCCAUCCUGUUGUAAAUGCGUAAUUCAAACAUCUCGUAACAUGAAUCUAAAUUAAUUAUUUCCUGACGAAUUUCACGUUUGAUAAGAUAAACCAAGUUUGUAUUUAAACGAUUUAAAAAGGUGUCAAGUGAUAUAAAAUUAUUAAUAAGAUUUGUUAAUAUUGCCUACAAGUUCAGUGAAUAUUACAUAAAACUUCAUAAUCAACCAGCAUAUUCCAUUGAAUAUUUUAUGACUCGAUGUUGCUUUCAUUAUUCAUAUUCAAUUUAAAAUUAGGAAGAUUUAUAUUAAGCGGAGAAAAUGUAUUAGAUAAAUAAACAGAUUUAGAUAUAAAUAUAAUUUUUUUUCUCCCAAGGUCUGUCCUCCAGGCACACUAAGGUUUAGUA